CAUGUUCAACACAUUUUAUUGAAUGGGUUCCCGGCUGCACCAGAAUUCUUUUUGCGAGAACUGGUUGGGGAUCAUUGAGAACAAAAAGUUAUUCAGAUCAUCCAACUAACACUCCAUUACCUUUUCCAAAAGAAGUUUUUGGAGUAGAGGAUAAUAUAAUAGUUGAAGGAUUUAGCAUUUUAUCAAAUCAAAGUAAUCCAAGUGACAAUGUUGAUACAAAAGACUACUUGUGCACAAGUGAUUUUCGACAAGCUUAUCUUUCUAAAAAAACCACACCUCUACAAGUAUGUGAAGCAUUAAUUAAAAGAAUCGAAGAAUCCAAUUCACUAAUAAACGCUGUGUAUAUUAUAAAUAAAGAGGAUGUAAUAGAACAAGCCAAGAAAUCAACUGCAAGAUAUGAAGACGAACGACCGUUAGGACUUCUCGACGGGAUUCCUGUUCUGGUAAAAGACGAGUUUGAUGUUAUAGGGUAUGAAACCAAAGUUGGGACAACAUUUAUUAAUGAUGGAAAUGUUUGUGAAAAAGAUGCAACUGUUAUUCAUAACUUGAGGAAAUUGGGUGCUAUUAUUGUCGGAAAGACUAUAAUGCACGAGAUCGGAUUGGGUAUCACCAGUAAUAAUCCCUCGUCGCUUACGCCACGUAAUCCUCAUAAUCCCGAUUACUAUUGUGGUGGGUCAAGUGGUGGAAGUGCUUGUGCAGUGGCUGCAGGAUUAACCCCAAUUGCCAUUGGUUGUGAUGGUGGUGGUUCUAUUAGAGUUCCAUCAUCUUUUUGUGGUAUUUAUGGAUUAAAACCUACAUGUGGAAGAAAUUCUAAUUCAGGAGAAUUCCCGCUUUGUUGGACAGUAGCUGUAUCUGGUCCGAUGGCAAUAUGUAUUGAUGAUUUAGCCUUGGCAUAUUAUGCAAUGGCAGGAAGAGAUGAAGAUGAUCCAUUUACAUAUUUACAACCAGCUCCAACAUUAUAUAAUUUAAAUCAGACCAAAGAUUUAUCAGAUCUGAAAAUCGGUAUAUAUUCUGCAUGGAAUAAACAAGUUUACAACAAAUCAAUCACAAUAGCACUUGACAAUUUAAUUAAUCAAUUAAAAGAAAGAGGUGCAAAUUUUGUAGAGAUUGUCAUUCCGGAGCUGAAAGAUGUUCAAGCAGCCCACUUGAUCAACAUCUUUGCGGAACAUUACACAUCAAUGAAAAAUUAUAAGGAUGAACUUUAUAAAUUAUCUUAUCCAAGUCGAUUCACGCUUGCUAUACUAGAGCAAAUAACUGGAAGGGAUUAUAUUCAAGCACAACAAGUAAGAACACGUAGUAUGAAAAAUUUGGCAACACUUUUCAAUGAAGUAGACCUGAUAUUAACACCAGUUAGUUCCGUGACGGCACCAAAAAUUCAUCCACGUGCAUUAAAAUUCGGUGAAGUUGAUUCAGUUGUCGCUACAGAUGUUAUACACUUUCUUCAAUUGGCGAAUUUCACUGGCAUUCCAGCAAUUACUGUCCCAGGAGGGUAUGAUGAUAAUGGACUCCCAAUCGGUUUACAAUUUAUGGCUAAAUGGUACAAGGAAGAUCUCUUGCUUAGAAUUGGUAAAGCUUCAGAAGAAAUAUUUAAAGAUUCAAGACGUAAACCAAAAGAUGGAUAUUGGUUUGGUGAUUUAAUUUAA